AUGGAAGCGGCGGAAGAUCACGACGGUAGUGUUUUAGUUGCGCCGUCUAAUUUCUCCAUGGUUGAAGACGGAAUUUACCGAUCUGGGUUUCCUAAACCGGAGAAUUUUGGUUUUCUCACAACCCUAAAUCUUCGUUCCAUCAUCUAUCUUUGUCCUGAGCCUUACCCAGAGGAGAAUCUCAAGUUUCUUGAAGCUAACAACAUUAAGCUUUUCCAAUUUGGAAUCGAAGGCAAAACGGAUCCUCCAACUCCUAUGCCAAAGGAUACAGUUUUGGAUGCUCUCAAAGUCUUAGUUGAUGUAAGAAACCAUCCCAUUCUCAUACACUGCAAAGCCGGAAAGCAUAGGACAGGUUGUUUGGUGGGAUGCUUAAGAAAAGUUCAGAGCUGGUGUUUAUCAUCUGUGCUCGAGGAAUACCAGAAGAACGCUGGUUUGAAGUGGAGACAAAGGGACUUGAAUUUCAUCGAGGCGUUUGAUACCGCGAGCUUGAGGCAGUGUCUCUUGAGCAUCAUGUAUCGUUAUCAUGGUUAUGGGUUCAAGAGGAAAAGGUUGGUCCAUGAAGAAGAAAACGUCCAGACGCCGAAACUGCAGGCUGCUAAAGUUUGA